AUGGCCGCAGCGACUGGCUUGCAGGCUCUGGCAGCGGUACUGCUGCUCCUGGUAGCAGCGGUGCCGCAGGCAGCCGCGGCGGGGCUGACCGACAAGCCACUUGUGCUGCCGGGGCGGGUGCGGCCACAGGUCGCCGCCGCCGCCGCCGCCAGGCCAGAACCAAUUGAGCGCUUUGGCUACUUCAGCCCCGCCACCAACCCUGCUAGGAAGCUGUUCUACUGGUUCUUCCAGGCGCGCAGCGCGACCACCGGGGCGGCCAUCAACGCCACCACCACCCCCGUCAUCGCCUGGUUCAACGGCGGCCCAGGCUGCAGCAGCCUGUGGGGCAUGUUUGUGGAGCACGGCCCCUACUCGCUCAGCACCAGCCGCCAGCUGGUACCCAACAGCUUCACCUGGGCCACUGUGGGGCACAUGCUCUACAUCGACCAGCCCAUCGGCACCGGCCUCAGCUACAGCACGAAGCCGGGAGACGCGACGACAAGCCAGCUGGAUGUGGCGCAGACGGUGAGCACCGCCCAGGACUGCGGUACAGCCGACCUGUACAACUGCUACCGCUCGCUGGAUGCGCGGGUGGAGGCCUACAUCGCCGCCAACAAGGCCAGGCUGGGGGCCCCCGCCUCUGUGGACUACCAGGCCUGUGCCAGCCAGCCCUACCAGAGCCUGCUGCACGACAUGACGGUGUCCUAUGAUGACCUGGUGGGGGCGCUGGUAGACAACGGCGUGCCUGUCAUGGUGUUCUCUGGGGAGGACGACUGGGUGUGCAACUCUCUGGCCUCGGCGCAGUGGCUGGACGGCCUCAUCUGGUCGCGGCAGCGCCGCUGGAAAGUAGCCCCGGUCCAGGCCUGGGCUGGCGGCACGUUCAAGCGCGUCGGCCCGCUGUCAUUUGUGCGGGUCGCCAACGCGGGGCACAUGGUCCCUCUGGACCAGCCCGCGCUCAGCCUGCUGAUGCUGCGGCAGUGGAUCGCCACUGGGCAGCCCACGGUGCCGAACCCCACGGUGAAGAGCAGCAGGCGGCGGCAGCGGCUGUAG